UGGGGGUGGAGUUCAGUUUACACACAUCGCCGCAUCAGUCUGUUUUGAGACGUUGUUUGAUCAAGUUAAAUAUUGCUUGUUCUGCAAAUUUGAAGUUAUGCUGGUGAAUAUGUUUUAAACUUGUUCGACGUGAUAAAACAUGUCUGGGUUUUUUGGAAAAGGCGUUUCGAUGGACAUUAGUCCAACAUGCCGUGCUCAGGAUCCCAAGAACUUAACAACUCAAGAUACCAACAAGGAAAAUAAGAAUGUAUCAUGUCCCGUUUUGUCUUUGGUUCAUUUUUCAAGAGCUCCAUUUCUGAGUUUUGAAUCAGUAAAGCUGGGUUACACCAAAACCGCAGUAUUGGAGAUUGAAAAUCCAAAUGAUGAUGUGACUGCAGUAACUAUUGACAAAUUCCCAUCGGCCAAAGGAUUUUCUGUGGACAGAAGAUAUUUCGUACUUCAGCCAGAAGAAAGAACUCUUCUCUACAUAACAUGGACCCCAGUGGAAGAAGGAGGGAUAAGGGAACUAGUUGUUUUUACUGCAAAUGGCAUUGUUAAGCAUCAAGCCAUUUUACUUGGAAGAGCAGAAGCACCAAAAAAGAAGAAAAGAAGUUUAUGGGAGUCCAUGAAAAGAAAGACGCCUUCAGAGAAGUCCGCCUCCUAUAAGGCUGAAAAAAAUGAGGCUGUGCAACCAAAAGCUGCGAACAAAACCUUCCACGUUUCCCGUAAAGUGGCAUAUGCAAAGGCAGAGUUGGUACAAGGGCCACUUCAGUUGUGUGCCAAUACGACGGUGGCUGAAGAUAAGACCCCAAAAGACCAGUCGAAGUUUAAAGGAAUAUCAGUAUCGCCGAUUGGUGUUGUCCAACAGCAAACUUAUACUCCGGGUUCCCUCAGAAGGUCCACAACUUAUUCUUUACUGGAUAAACUUGGAAGUGAUGACUCUCUACAGGAGGAGAAACCAAUUGUUCAGACUAUGCUUUACCCAGAUGAGACUGAGAAUAUUGAGUAUACGAGCGAGAACACUUUUUGCGAGUUGACGACUGUAUCCGAGUGUAUGAAAACAAAUAUUGUGAGAAUACUUAAUCGAACGCACUCUCCUGCAAGUACUCCUGAUCGUGUCAUAGUUCCCCUCACCCCACUAAGCCAGAAUCGAAUGUUAAGUCCUGAUUCUUUUCUAAACAACAGCUACGUGCCGGCUGGAGACCAUGAACAUUCAUCAGUGCCUUCUAUAUUGUCACCAGACCAAUUUCUUAAAGAUGCACUGGAAGCCGUUCAACCUUGUGUAACAAAGACAUGCAAAGAGAGUGUGAAAUCUCCUCUUGAGGCAUCAAGUUUAGAUUCUUCAGCUUCUCCAGAUUCAUUAAAUGAAAUGGAUGAUGGCACACACUUCCAAUAUACUUCCAGAACAGUUGACCGUGCUCAUCUGCCAGAAGUGUCCUUUGAAGAUUUGGAGCAUGCUAAGACCAGGUUAACAUUCUUUGUUAAAUCAAAGCCUGUUGAUGUUCAAGUGAAAGAGGAAAAAAAAAAAAUUCAAUCUCCUGAUGAACCUAAGAAUCUACCAGUUAUAUCAGCAACCAUUGUCAAAAGUAAAAGUUACCUUGUAAGGGAAAGUAAACCAGAGCUUGAGAGAAAAACAUCCAGACGACGACUCUUGGAACUAGAAUCUGAAGUGCCUGUCAAAGGAAGUUUAAGUAGACCCAAAAUGGUUGCGUUCCAAAGUCUCCCUGUCAUUGAUUCUGAUGUAAGCCUAGAAGCUCAAAGCAGUGAAGAUAAGGUUUCAUCUCCAAUAACUACAAAACCAGAUCUCCAGAGCAGAAAGAGAAAAGGUGAAGAAUGUCUAGAACAUAAGUUUGAUCAGAAGGACCAACAUUUGGAAGGAAGUAAAAGGAACAGGGCAAUAAGGCCGGUAGUGGAGAUAAAGAAACCAACCAAUGCAAGAAGAAAUAGUACUAGGAGUUUGAGUGCUACAGAGCAGAGGCUUCAGAAAAAGAGAAUGGUUUCAUUGGCCUUAAAAUCAUCAGCGAUGCCCUCUGUGAAAACUUCAAAACCAGUGGGGAUUCCACAGUCACAGCUGAUAUUUUCAAAGCCAGCGAAAACAGGGUCACUGUCCUUAAAAUCAGAUGCCACUGCAUCUUUGAAGAUGGCUAAGGCUGCUGUUGUUGGGGUAGCACAGUCACAGCUGACCUUUAUCAAACCACUACAGUCAGUUAUACCAAGACAUCCUCUACCAUUUGCUGCCAAAAAUAUGUUUUAUGAUGAACGUUGGAUGGAAAAAGAAGAACAAGGCUUUACUUGGUGGAUAAAUUACAUUCUUACACCUGACGACUUUAAAGUUAACACAGAAGUUUCUAAAGUGAAUGCUGUUUCUCUAGUUUGUGGAGCUGAGAAUCAGAACAGAAUCCAUGUUCCCAAAGCACCAACCAAAGAGGAAAUGUCGUUCAAAACGUAUACUGCCAAUUGCAGACUGAAUCGUCUUCGCCGUGCAGCUUGCCGUCUUUUUGCAUCUGAAGACAUGGUAAAGGCCAUUAGACGGUUGGAGCUUGAAAUUGAAGCUCGACGUCUCCUUGUUCGGAAGGACAGGCAUCUCUGGAAAGAUAUUGGUGAACGUCAAAAGGUUCUGAAUUGGCUGUUGUCCUACAACCCCCUAUGGUUGAGGAUAGGACUCGAGACAAUUUUUGGGGAACUCAUUUCCUUGGAGAGCAACAGUGACGUUAUAGGCCUGGCAAUGUUCGUUCUAAGUCGUUUACUGUGGAACCCAGACAUAGCAGCUGAAUAUAGACACCCCAAAGUGCCUCACCUCUAUCGAGACGGACACGAAGAGGCUUUGUCUCGCUUUACGUUAAAGAAGCUGCUGCUGCUUGUUUGCUUUCUUGACCGAGCAAAACAGUCUAGGAUAAUUGAGCACGACCCCUGCUUAUUUUGCCUGGAUUCUGAGUUUAAGUCUACCAAGGAUCUUCUGCUGGCUUUUUCAAGGGAUUUUCUAAGUGGUGAGGGGAUUCUAUCCCGCCAUCUCAGCUACAUGGGUUUAGCUGUUUCUCAUGCUCAAACCCCACUGGAUGAAUUCAACUUUGCCGUGAGAAAUCUUGCUACUGACCUGCGAUGUGGUGUUCGCCUUGUGAGAAUUAUGGAGCUGUUCACACAGAACUGGAGUCUCUCAAGUAAACUAAGGGUUAAUGCCAUUAGUCGCCUUCAAAAGAUGCAUAAUGUUGAGGUUGCACUGCAAGUCCUUAGAGCGAGAGGGGUGGAACUAAACGACGAGCACGGUGCAAAAAUUGACUCCAGAGAUAUUGUGGAUGGACACAGAGAGAAAACUCUAAUGCUGUUGUGGAGAAUCAUUUUCACCUUUCAGGUUGAGAUUUUACUUGAUGAAGAGCAGUUGAGAGAGGAAAUUUCUUUCCUUAAACGGACAUGGACAACACAUCAGAAGCUUGCAUCUCUUCGGUCCAGUGUUCCAAUUGACAAGAAAAAAAGAGACUGCAGUGUAGAUCUAGACUGCAAAACAAAAGUGAAACUCCUGAUGGAUUGGGUGAAUGCUGUAUGUGCAUUCUACAACAUUAAAGUUGAAAACUUCACUGUAUCUUUCUCAGAUGGACGUGUUCUAUGCUACCUUAUCCAUCAUUACCACCCUUGCUAUUUAUCAUUGGAUUCCAUUGGUCAGAAUACCACACAGACGGUAGAGUGUGGUCAACGUGGCACAGUGGGGCUCAAUUCUUCAGCGAGUGAUUCUGAUGACAGUUCCUUGGACAUUUGGACAAAAUCAACAAACAGUACCAUUACAACACCAGUGCUUUUCAAAGAGCUGCUGGAGAAUGAGAGGCGCAAUUUCCAGUUGGUGAACACUGCAGUUGCUAACCUUGGGGGAGUACCGGCCAUGAUCAGCUAUUUAGACAUGUCAAAUACCAUUCCAAGUGAAAAGGUGGUUACUUGUUAUCUAUCUUUCCUGUGUGCUCGACUUCUGGAUCUAAGGAAAGAAGCAAGAGCUGCCAGGGUGAUCCAAGCCACUUGGCGAAAAUUCAGACUGAAAAAGGAGCUUCAACAUCAUAAGGAGAGAACCCAAGCUGCUUGUGUCAUUCAAUCAGCAGCUGUUAAGUUUCUCUGGCGCCGCAGACAAGAGAAGAAAGCCAUUGCUGCAGUCAUUAUCCAGGUAGCAUGGAGAGACCAUGUGGCAAGGAAGAAAGCUAGAGAGAGAGAACUGGAACGACUUUAUAUUCUGCAGAAUGCUGCAGCAACAGUUAUUCAGGCCUAUUGGAAGAGAUACUCUGCAACAAAACACUUCCAGGAGCUACGAUACUAUACUGUUGUUCUGCAAACCCAGAUAAGGACAAAGAUUGCACUGGCUGCAUAUAAAAAGAUUCUUUGUGGAGUGAUAGCUAUACAGAAACGUUUCAGGGCCUGCCUCUUGGUUAGAAAAGAACGUCAAAAGUAUUUAACACUGAGGACAUCUGCUACAGUAAUCCAAAGGGCAUUUAGAAGAUGGAAGAACCGCACAUUGAAAAGGCAGAAUAUUGCUGCUGCACUAAUACAAAAUGCAUUCCGCAAAUGGCAGGUACAAAGACUUGCUAGAAGAAAUGAAGCUGCUGUCAAGAUACAGUCCUGGUACCGCAUGUAUAGAUUCCAAAAACAGUAUUUUGAUGUCCAGCAGAAAGUUAUCAAAAUACAGGCAUGGUUUAAGAGCUGCCUGGCUAGGCAGUUGUUUCAGAAAAGGAAAGAGGCUGUUUUAACUAUCCAGAAACAUUUUACAGCUUACAGAUUGGGCCAUGCUGAACGGCAAAAGUACCUGCUUGUUCGCAAAGCAGCAACACUUAUUCAGUCCUAUUACAGAGGUAUGAAAGGACGUGAGUUUGUCAGGCAAAUUAAAGCGGUUUGUCUUUUUGAAUCCCUUUGGCAAAUGAAGAGGGAAAGGGACAAGUUUAUACAUAAAAGACAAAGUGCUGUAAUUUUGCAGUCUCACUUAAGAAGAUGGCAGGCUCAGAGGAUUUAUCAGAAAAUGAGAAAAUCUAUCUCUUUGAUCCAGGCUUGCUACAGAGCAUAUCUUGUUAAAAACGAAUACAAAAAAGUCAGAUCUGCAACCAUUGUUCUACAAUCUGCAUACAGAGGAAUGCAAGUUAGAAAGAAGGCACACGUUCUAAAGUCUGUGAUAAAAUUGCAGGCCUGCUAUCGUGCUUAUGCUGCCCAAAAGGAAUUUAGAAAGAUGAAAGAGGCUGCCAUUAAAAUUCAGGCUUAUGUGAAAAUGGUGCAAACUAACCGCCAGUACUGCAACCUUAAAAAGGCAGUGCAUGAUGUGCAGAGAAUAUAUAGAGCUAAUAAACUCUGCCUCCUACAGAAGAUGGAAUACAGAAAGAAGAGGGAGGCCUGUGUUUGCCUACAGGCAGCUGCCAGAGGUUAUUUGAAGAGAAGACAGAUACAGACUUGGAAAAUGGCUGCAACUAAAAUUCAGUCUACCUUUAGAAUGCACAAGGAAAGAAGUUGCUUCCUUGAAAUGCGCAGAGCUGCUCUUGUUGUUCAGAAACAUUAUAGAGCACACAAAGAAUCCAGCAUAUGCCGAAGCACAUUCUUGAAGCUAAAAGCAGCAACUGUAUGUUUACAGGCAUCCUACAGGGGAUCUAGACUGCGUAAAAUCAUUAGGCUUCAACAUAAAUCUGCAACUAAAAUACAGGCGGCUUUCAGAGCUCAUGCUACAAGAACAAAGUUUCUACAAACUAAACAUGCAUCAGUUGUAAUUCAGAGACAAUACAGGGCCUUCAAAGCUGGACAGAAUCGGAGAAUGCAGUAUAUGAAGAUUAAAUUAGCUGCUGCUACUCUACAAGCAGCAUAUCGUGGGCAUGUGGUACGUAAAGAGGUACAAAAGCAACACAGAGCUGCAGUGGUCAUUCAGACAGCCUUUAGAAUGUACAGAGCUCAGAAAAACUUCCAUGCUUUAAAGAAUGCUGUUUUAAUUGUUCAGCAGCAUUACAAAGCUAAACUUGUUGGUGGAAAACAACGACAGAAAUAUCUUGCUCUUUGUGAUUCGGUAGUGAAGCUUCAAGCUGCUUGGAAAGGAAAAAGUGUAAGAAUGGAGAUUAAAAAGCAGCAUAAAUCUGCAACAAUUAUCCAAUCUUGCUACAAAACACAUGUGAUGCAAACAAAGUUCAAAUCAAUGAGGAUGGCAGCUUUAGUAAUACAGAGACAAUACAGGGCUUAUGGUUUAGGGAAGAUACAACGUUCUCAGUACCAGCAGACCAGAAAAGCUGCAGUUUCCUUGCAGGCAGGUUUCCGUGGAAUGAGGGUCAGGAGACGGCUGCAAGAACAUCACAAGGCAGCUUGCGCAAUUCAAACUGCAUUCAAAGCUUUUAUGUGCAACAAAAGGUUUGCAUCACUUAAAGCUGCUGCAGUUGUUUUCCAGAGAAGGUAUCGGGCAUCUGUAGUAGGCAGAUCUUUGCGUCAAGAAUAUAUUGAACUUCGCCAAGCUACUAUUAAGAUCCAAGCAGUUUAUAGAGGUGUCAAAAUAAGAAAGGACCUAAAGAGCAUCCAUCAGGCUGCCAUUGUAAUUCAAUCACAUUUUAGGAUGCACAAGGUACGACUUCCUUACUGUGCUAUGAGACUGGCUGCAACCUUAAUACAACAUUGGUACAGAGCUUGCAUGAAAGGGAAACAGGAACGUGAAAAAUAUGUAGUAAUAAGAAAAUCUGCUAUUACCAUUCAGUCUGCUUUCCGUGGCAUGAAGAUAAGAAAGCAGCUGAAAGAAAUGAAGAAUGCUGCUGGACUAAUUCAGAGGAGGUAUAAAGCCUUUAGAGCUCGCCAGCAGUAUCUUUCUUUGAAGGCAUCUGCUGUAGUCAUUCAGCAGAGGUACAGGGCCCAUAUAUUAGCAAAGCUUCAGCAGGAGCAAUACUGCAGUGUGCGGGCUGCAGUUAUUUCUAUACAGGCAGCAUACAAAGGCAUGGUAGUAAGGAAAGAAAUUGUGAAAAGGCAUCAGGCUGCCAUUGUCAUUCAGGCAGCAUUCAGGAUGCAUAGAGUGAUGAUACCAUUCCAAGCAAUGAGACUAGCAGCAGUGCUCAUACAGAGACAGUACCGGGCAUACAAACAGGGUAGAAAUGAAAGAGCACUCUAUUUGAAGUAUCGCAACAGUGCCACUUUAAUACAGGCAGCUUACAGAGGAAUGAGGCUUAGACAGCAGUUACGAGAUGAGCACAAUGCUGCAUCAAAAAUACAAGCCCAAUUCAGAAUGUACAAGCAGAAUUCUUAUUACAAGAAGCUUCAGUGGACCACUAAGGUUGUGCAGCAAAAAUACAGAGCCUGUAAAAAGAGAGAUGCUGAAGUACAGAUUUACAAAUCCAAGAAACAAGCUGCAGUGGUUGUUCAGUCCGCUUUCCGUGGAAUGAAGUCGAGGCAACAUGUGAAGGACAUGCAUAAAGCUGCCACCACUAUUCAAAGGAAAUUCAAAGCCCAUAGUGCACAUAAACAGUAUCUUUCUCUUAAAGCUGCUGCUGUUGUAAUUCAACAGAAAUAUCGUGCCUUCACUGUUGAAAGGCAGCUGAGAGAAGAAUAUAGUUCUCUGUGUUGUGCCGCCAUUACCAUACAGGCUGUGUAUAGAGGUUUAAGAACAAGGAAAAAUAUCCAGCAAAUGCACCGUGCAGCUACAGUGAUUCAGGCAGCAUAUCGAAUGCAUAGAGAACAGCUCAAAUACCAGACAAUGAGGCUAUCAGCAGUCAUUAUUCAGCUGCAUUACAUGUCUUGUCGUCAAGGCAAAAAAGACAGGGAAAAGUAUUUGCAAUUAAGAAACUCUGCUUUGACAAUUCAAUCGGCAUUCAGGGGAAAGAAGGCUCGACAGAAUUUAGCUGCAAUGCAUAAAGCGGCAACCAUCAUACAGGCCCGUUAUCGAAUGCACAGACAAAAGAGUGAUUUCAAGAGGUUAAGCUGGGUGGCCAAAGUUUUCCAGCAAAGAUACAGAGCUCUAAGAACAAGAGAUGCUGAAGUACAAAGGUAUAACAAAAUUAGGAAAGCGGUGUCUUGCAUUCAGGCUGCAUUUCGUGCUAAACAAGAAAAAGAGCUGACUAGGAGAAAUAGAGCUGCUCAACGUGUUCAGUCAUUUUUAAAGAUGUGUGUUCAGAGACGCCAAUUCCUCCAGCAAAAAGCAGCUGCAGUGGUCCUUCAGUCUGCAUUCAGGGGCUAUAGAACAAGGGUCUGUUACAGAGCAAUGCGGCUUUCAGCAGUUGUGAUCCAGCGGUGGUACAGAGCCUACAAAGUUGCUCAAAAACAGAAAGCGGAAUACCGGGCAAUAAAGCAAGCUGCAGUAACCGUGCAGUCGGCUUUCAGAGGAAUGACUGCAAGAACACUGGCAAAGCAAAAGCGUGCUGCAAUCAAGAUUCAAUCUGUCCUUCACAUGGCUGUCCACAGAAGGAAGUUCAUAAAACUCUGGUCAGCUGCAGUAACUUUGCAGGCUCAUUACAGGGCAGUGGUAACUAAAAGAAAGUACACCAGUUACAAAACCGCAGCCCUGACAAUGCAGAAGCAUUACAGAGCCAGUCAGGCUAAGAAACGCCAGAGAUCUGCUUACCUGAAGACAAUAAGAAGUAUCCACUUACUUCAAGCAACAAUCCGGGGAUGUAUUACACGCAAAAGAAUACAGAUGCUGAAAAAGAGUGCAGUGAAAAUUCAGGCCUUUUAUCGUGGACAUGCAGAGAGGAGAAAGUUCCUUCAUUAUAAAUAUUCUGCAACAAUAAUACAGAAACAUUACAGGGCACAUUUACUAUGGAAAGCAGAAAGGGAAACAUAUCUGAAGGUCAAGAGUUCUGCAACAGUUUUACAGGCAAUGGUCAGAGGCUACAUAGCAAGACGACUUGCUAAAAAAAUGAGAGCAGCACAGAAAAUCCAAGCCUGGUACAGAGGCUGCAUAACCCGCAGAGAGUACAUAAACACACAGAAGGCUAUUGCAACAGUUCGUGGUUGUGUUCAAACAAGACUAAUAAGAAACAGAUUUCAGAUGAUCUGUUGCAGUGUAGGAGUAAUUCAGAGAAGGUGGCGAGAAACUAUUGAAACAAGGAAAACUCGUCAAGAAUUCAUAAAGAUCAGGUCAUCUGCUGUUAAAAUCCAGGCUGCUUGGAGAGGAUACAGCACAAGGAAACAUCAUCUUUUGGAACAGAAAGCUGCCUGUCUAAUCCAGGCACAGUACAGGGGAUUUGUACAGCGGCAGAAUUUUCAACAACAACGAAAUGCUGCACUGACCUUGCAGAAGUAUGUGCAUGCUUGGCAGAUGGGAAAAACGGAACGUUUGAAGUUUGAGAGAAUUAAAAACGCUAGCGUCUCUCUCCAAGCAUACUGUCGUGGCUGGCUGGUCAGAAAAAGGAUUUCUGAAGAGACACGAGCCAAACAAAGACUAUGCUUCACAGCAGCUGCUUAUCACCAUGUGUGUGCUAUGAAGAUUCAGAGAACGUUCAGAGCUCAUUUGGCACUGAAACGUGGAAGGCAGCAAAUGCAUUCAGUGAUUUGCAUACAGAGGUGGAUAACAUCUAAAUUACAGCGAAAAAAAUACCUAAAGGACAGAGAAAAAAUCAUAAAGGUUCAGCGGGUUUUGAGAGCAUGGUUAAAUCGCCGCUUCAGGGCUGCCACAGUUAUUCAGCAAGCCGUGCAAAAAUACCUGUGCAGGAGACGCCAGCAGAGGAUACAGCAUGGGAUUGUCAAGAUUCAGGCAUUGUGGAGAGGAUUUUGUUCACGAAAGAGAGAUGGCCCAAAAAUGGUAGCUACAAGGCGCCGUGUUGAAAAGGCCAACAAAGAGAGCAAAGAAGAAAACAAGCUUGGCAACAAAACUGCCACUGCUAUUGGCUAUCUUCUGAGAUACAAGGAUCUGUCCUGCAUUAUUGCAGCUCUGAAACAUUUAGAGACAGCAACCAGACUUUCAUCUGUGUGUUGUGAAAACCUUGCUGAGAGUGGAGCAAUUUCAACGAUAUUCAUUUUAAUCCGAAGCUGCAAUCGUAGUGUACCUUGCAUGGAAGUAAUUGCAUAUGCAAUUCAAGUACUUCUGAAUCUGUCAAAGUAUGAAAAAACCAUUGGGGCAGUUUAUGAAGUGGAACAUUCUGUUGACACGCUGCUAGACCUGUUGCAAAUCUAUAGAGAAAAAGCUGGGGAUAAAGUUGCAGACAAAGGAGGAAGCAUUUUUACAAAGACCUGUUUCUUAUUCACCAUUUUGCUGCAAGAUGAAAGGAACGCUUUGGCCAUUCGCAAGCUACCAAAAGCAGCCGAUCGCAUUCACAGCAUUUAUAGGCUCACAGCCCGAAAACACAAGAUGGAUGCAAAAAUAACAAUAACAAGACAGAAGAUGAAUAUGUCCCUUAAUAGCAGCUGCUUUGCCCAAGCAACUCCUGUAAAAACAAGACUAGCACAAAAAAUUGCACCAGAUUGGGUCUUAAGAAAAGACACCAUGAGAGAGAUGGUGGAUCCUCUCCGGGCCAUUCAGAUGGUUGCUGAUGCACUUGCUAUUUGCCAUUAACUCUAAAAAUGUCCAUUGUCUUUUUAUACUGAAAUGAAUGAUUUAGAUUAUCUUACUAGUCAGGAGGUUUGAGUGGUGUAGAGGUCUGCAUUGUUGUAUUGAACUAAAAUGUAUAGGUAGAAUUUUUUUUUAAAACAACCCAUUUUAAAUGUAAAAUGUACUUGGUGACAAAUGUGUUUUUUUUUUUUUAAAUGUAAAUACUUUUUCCAAAAUAAAUCUAUACUUUUCUGUUCAGUACACACAACUUAAUUUUAUUAAGGUGUGGGUGUGUUUGUUUUAAGUUUCACACUGACCUUGUCAUGAAAUAGAUUAAUUGUAGUUUUCUGGCCAUACAUGCCACUUUUCAGUUAAACUUUUCACUGACAUUGUAAUUGAUUUGGAGCUGUUGAAUCACGCCACCCAUCUUCAUGCUGAGUUCCAGUAAUGUUGCAAAUCAAAUACUUAUUAACCACAACAUCAAUAAACAUUUCUCACAAAUACACAGGUCUUUGGUCGGAAGAUUAUUACUGGCAGACAAGAGAUAAAAGCAAUUCCUGUAAGAAAGGGUCACUGAGCAGUUCACGAGCAGCGAGUUGAUCAGUAAACAGUGAUUGUGAAAG